AUGGCUUUUCUACGAGGAAGUGCAAUCCGAUCGCCCACUGACAAUGUUAUUCGCUUUGGAAAUAACAGUACGCCGACGCCGGACUGGAGUCCAGCCAGCCCUCAAUGGAAUCCAGAAGACGAUACUUCGGUGUCACCAUCGGAACCAACUUCCGCGUUUCCUCGCCGGCCACGAAAGGUGGCCUGAUUCCACGAUGGAGGUGGUUUUUUGUUCAAAGCAUGGUCCGGCGAUGGGGAGAAGUGGAAAGCGGAUCGAGCCUGUGUGUGUCUACAAUUCGAGGACCUGUAUGUAACCAAGCUGGGAUGUAAGACGCCUAUAGGGAAGUCGCUAGAUGAGAUGCUACGCCGAGAUACUACUACGUCUGUGGAAAUAAGGAAUGUCGCCGGAGGGCGCAAACUGACAAGACUGAUAAACGAAGUGGCCGGAAGGCAAUAG